UACAAAGGGUGCUGAGCCUUGGCAGGAUUCGCCUGUCGUCUCAUGGCACGGGCUGCAGAUCGGGAGGAUGAUGCGGAUUUUUUCAGCGCUGCCAGCGAAGACGGCGCCAGGCUACCCGAGCACGAGUUGGAUGAAUGGUUGGAUGCAGCUUCUGAAGCUAGCAACGUUUCGCUGGAUUCAGAGGUUUCGGAAGAUGAAGCGAGAGAUGGUCUUGGCGAGUUGAAAGCGUUCGAAAAGCCCAGUGCUAUUGACCAAUCCAUCUCCAUCAUGUUCUUCGUGGAUCUCUCCCGCAGCAUGAGCAGAACAGACUUCACAGGCCGCCCGGAACUUCGGCGAAUCGAUGCCGUGGUGACGGUCCUCAAGCGUUUCAUUGCACAGCAGCAGUCCAUGGGAGCUGCGAUGGAUUUGUACAGCUUGGUUACCUUUGCGACGUCAAAGCAUGAGGUGAGAUUCCAUCGACUCAGAGCUUCAGAGGCAAUUGCAAAGUUGGGCUCGAUUGACUUCACCCCUGACGGAGCCAUGGUCUACGACAAGAUUGUGAGAUGCAUACGUGAGUUAGCAGUGCCGGGGCAAGUCUGCCGCGUGAUAUUCCUAUCCGAUGGCUGCCCUACAGGCCUACAGAGGCAUGUGCUACCGAGCUUUCAGGCUGUGGCAGCCGAAAAUCCCCAUGUCAUUCUCCACUGCAUCGGUUUCGGCAACUGCGACUUUUCGAUCCUCCAGCAGUUGGCGCAGAUUGGCCGAGGGAGUUUCAACUGUGCAGAUAUGGAUAUUGACAGUCUCGUGAACACUUUCACAACUGUCAGCAAGACUAUCACCGAAACGCGGAGCACUGUGCACCGCCGGGAGCGCCACACAAGGCAGGUGGCCUUCGACAGCGCAAAGCGCUUUUCAGGAAACAAUGACAAUAUCAAGGAGAAGAAGGCCAAGGCUGGGAUGCGCACCACUCUCGUCCUACGUGGUGGACAACUCAUGAAAAGUAGAAGCAAGAAGUGCAUCGUGUAUUUGCACGACAAUCCGUUCAUGCAGGGUGGCAUGCGAUUGGUGCAUCGGUUCCGAGAUCAGGAUCUCCCAACAAAGAUGGUCGCGAAGUUCUCGAGGUAUGUUGGAGAUGAUAACUCCUGGGACUUCAUCAAAGGCUUUGCACAGAGCACGAUCCAAACUCGAAAGUUCAGCCAGAAGUUUCACGAGGCCGUGUUGUGGCGGUGCUGGGCUGAUUCCGGUGAUGACUGGGAGCCUCCUCGAAUGGUGAAAUGCACACAGUCUUUUGUCUACGAGGUGCAGGGCAUGCUUUUCACCGGAGAGGCGUUCUUGGAAGGAUCCCAGCGGGGCUUCUUGAAAUGGAUCAACAAUCGCGGUGAGAUCUUGAUCCCAGAAGGUAGUUCCAACUACAGCAUGGUCCCUGAAGCCUUUGCCCACUUCUCUUUGGAUGACAGCGGAGGCCAAAUGAUGGUAGCCGACCUGCAAGGAGUCUUGCUCGGAUCAAAGCGCGUUCACUUGACAGAUCCUCAAAUUCUCUCGCUGGAUCAAUCCUUCGGUGCAGCAGAUUUAGGAUCUGCAGCGAUGCAGCGUUUCAGAUCCAUGCACGUCUGCAACAAGUUGUGCAGGAAAUUGGGCUUGUCUUCCUUGAGCAGCAUCCCACAGCGUCCACGCACACGCAGUGCUCUCAACAACGUCCGCGCGGCGCCGACGCUGCCGGCCACGCCUCCACCCAGUGUUCCAGCAGCACCACAGCCCGAGCGCGGCCGGACGCAGAGCAGAAGCACAGUGGUGACCAGUUCAGCCGGGCGAAGCGAGGAGGAGUUUCUGAAGAUCCCAGAUCUGCUCAUUGCUGGGACGCGGGCCAAGCGGCUCCUCUUUGUGGGUGAGUAUACGCACCUCUUUACCGUGGCCGCGGCCAAGUUGGUGAAGGCCAGGCUGGGCGGCCUGGCGCCAUUGGAGUGGUGGACGACUGAACUGCGAUGGCCGGAUUCGACGCGCAUGCAGCAGGAGCUGCUGGAGUCGAAAAGCUUUCUUGAGCCCCUGGGUGUGCAAGUCUUGAACAAGGUGGAUGCCACCCAGCUGACCCUUCGAAGGCUUCCGGCGCGAGACUUGGCAGGAGCGCUUUGGGUCAUGCCGUUCCCUCGCGAUGUGCAGGCUCAGUCCAGCAGUCCUGAGAUUGCCUGUGCAAUCAAGGACCUCAUCGUGAAGUUUGUGCACAAUGUCUCCACAUUGUUGGAUCCCAACAUUGAUGGAGUUGGCGGCAAAGUGAGCCUGGUGCUGCUGGCACAUCAGCAUUUGGCUUGGAAGUUGCCAGUUCAGCUCGAGACCUGUCGUGGGACUUUUCUCCGUGAAGUCUUUUGGCUGGACCUCAUUCCAUUCCUCACCUACGGCUAUCGCCCUCGUUUCGGCGACCGCCGCGACGACCGACGCACAGCACGGCCAACGCUGAUUGUCAGCUUUGUACCUGUGCGUUGGGUGCGUAUGGCAUGGGAAGCUGUUGGGCAGAGGCAGCUGCCACCGGAUUUGUAUGCAUUCAAUGCGGGGAUGAGCGCUUGUGCACAAGCUGGACAAUGGGAGGAGGCCUUCGCCACGAGACAGAGGCCGGAGCUCUUCAGUUUCAACGUGGUGCUGCACAGUCUGCAACAGGCGAAACGAUGGAGCCAAGCCUUGCAACUCUUCCGAGACCUGCCAUUGCGACACGCUUUGCAGCCCGACACGGUGAGCUUCAACACGUUGCUGCAAGUGCUACAGCCCAAGCUUCAGAUGGAGCUCUUGAAAGAGAUGUACGACAGCUCGGUGCCGCGCACCGCACGGAGCUAUGCGGUGUUGAUGACGGGCUGUUGGGAGCGUGCCUUCAGCUUGCUGCUCGGUGAAGAUGCUUGCGGUCUUUUCUGUUUGAUUUAUGCGACCUGCGGCGAAAGGGAGUGA